AUGAUAAAUCUACUCGGUAACGAGGCAGAGGAGAGUGUGGAGAACGAAGGAGAACUUCCUGAACGCGAAUUUUAUGUCGUUAUCAAGUCCGUGAAACCAGCAAAACCACGAGGCUUCCAGGCGUUGGCCAGCCGCCUUUCGAGAGUGCAGGAAUUGAGGUCAGAGUUGGUAGAAAUGUCCGAUGUCAGCGACUCUAGCAGCAGCCUUACCGACUUGACGAUCGGAGGAAACCGAGGCAAUCUACCGGAUCUGACUGAGUUUAACGAACUGGAAGCUGCCUCUGGUACGGAAGCAAAUGUUGACAAGUUCGCCCCCGUGGAAAGUCAAGCUUCGGAUGACAAAGCGGGCAAACUGACUGCCCAAAUCGGCGAGCCGUCGAUUAUGAGGAUCCGUUUGGUUCACAGUCAAGGUAUGGAUUACAUCGUUCCUACACAACUUCACUAUCAAAGCCAAUUAUAA